AUGGAAGUGGUGGAGCCUGGUUCCCUGGAUGCUGAGGUGAGGAGGCAACGCGGCAGGCAGGGCAUAAAGCCGGUCAAUCAUGCGCAGAACAAUGUAGCAGCCAUUCAGGCACAAAGUGACAGGAUUCGGACAUUGAAAAAGCAGCAAGAGGAGGCAGCCGAGGCAGCGCAGAGAUCCAGGCCCACAUCUGCAGCCUCUGUGAGGAGCAGUGGAUAUGCCAGCCCACACUACACACCCAGGCGCGCCUCAUUAGGCGCAAAGCAGAGCGAUGCACAGAGCGAAUUUGGGCGCAGCAGCUCACAGGCCCCUGCUCCAUUUGUCCCUGUGGUCAGAGCGCGCCCCACAAGGGAUGAUGGUGAUGCGUGGCUGAAGAAGGAUGACUAUGGCUGCGUACCCCAGUAUCUCAUCCACCGGCAGCUAGAAAUGGCUGCCGCAUAUGCUGAAGAGCAGGCUGAGAGAGAAGCAGCGAAGAUCCCUGAUGGGAUGCGGCUGCUGCCUGAGGAGGAGCGCCUGGAGAUGCUCAGCCUCCUGGAGGCCAGCAGAGACGAACUAGAAGCAAAAAUACGGGCACUCCCUUUCAUUACAGAGACUGUCAGCCAGAAGAAGUACAAGGCCGGCCUGGAAGCAAGGCUGACGGAGGUUGAAGCAGCAAUGGAAGCGUUUGAACAGCCUCAUGUUCUUGUGCCCAUGUGA